UUUAUACUUUUGCGCCCUGUUUUUUUGUUUUUUUUUAAGAAUAUAAAUUCAACACAUUGUUGUUAUUGUGUUGUAACGACUACAAACUGUAACACAAAAUUUUUGAAGUUUCUUCACAAACACACACAUAGAUGCGGGUAUUUCCAUGCCCAAAGGAUCUCAAAUCUAUACUUUUAGCUUGUAAAGACAGAGCAACCGUAGCUAAAGUCCAUUCUCUCAUGAUCUUAUCUGGGUUGUUUAGCCAUGGAACUUCAAAUGCCCAACUAGUAGCAUCCUAUGCUCGAAAUGGUGACAUCCCGUUGGCCCGCAAGGUGUUUGAUAAAUCGCCCAAGAGAAGGAUAGAUGCUUGGAAUGCAAUGAUCAUCGCGUAUUCGCGUAAGGAUUGCCCGGUUGAGGUUAUAAAUCUUUAUCAUCAGAUGAAUUUGGAAGGAGUUAGACCCGACAGCUCGACUUUCACGGUGGCAAUCAAGGCGUGUGCGAGCUUGUUGGAUUUGGAAAUGGGUGAAGAAAUUAGAAGCCGAGCCGUGGAAUGUGGAUAUGAGCAUGAUGUUUUUGUUGGGUGUUCUGUUUUGAAUUUGUAUGCCAAGUGUGAGAAGAUGGACAGAGCAAUGGGUGUGUUUGAUAAAAUGCCAAGAAGGGAUCUUGUUUCUUGGACAACGAUGAUCACGGGUUUUGCACAGAGUGGGGAGGCAAGUGUGGCUGUGGAUAUGUAUCACAGUAUGCGAAAGGAGGGAAUGGAAGGAGAUGGGGUUGUGAUGUUGGGACUGAUUCAGGCUUGUGCAAAUCUUGGAGAUGCAAAAUUGGGUCUUUCUAUUCAUGGGUAUAUGAUUCGGAGAGAUAUUUCUAUGGAUGUAGUAGUUCAAACUAGUCUUGUGGACAUGUACGCCAAGAAUGGACUGUUGGAGCUUGCUUCUCGCGUAUUUAGGAAAAUGUAUUACAGAAAUGUCAUUUCUUGGAGUGCUUUGAUUUCUGGCUAUGCUCAAAAUGGUUUUGCAGGGAAUGCUCUUGAAUUGUUGGUGGAGAUGCAAAGUUUUGGAUUGAAACCGGAUCUAGUGUCACUUGUGAGCGCACUUCUGGCCUGUUCUCAGGUUGGGUUUCUGAAAUUGGGUAGAUCAAUACAUGGAUAUAUUGUGAGAAGGCUUGAGUUUGAUCAAGUUUCAGGCACUGCAGUGAUUGAUAUGUACUCCAAAUGUGGAGCCCUCUCCGCUGCACGUGCACUCUUUGAUCGGAUAAGUUCUAGGGAUUCAAUCUCUUGGAAUGCAAUGAUUGCUAGCUAUGGAAUCCAUGGACAAGGAAAGGAAGCUCUCUCACUCUUUCUCCAGAUGUUAGAGACAGACUUAAAACCGGACCAUGUAACAUUUGCUUCUCUUCUGUCGGCUUUUAGUCAUUCUGGUCUUGUUGAAGAAGGUCAAUAUUGGUUUGAUGUCAUGCUUAGAGAAUUCAGGAUCCAACCAAGUGAAAAGCAUUAUGCUUGUAUGGUUGAUCUUUUAGCUCGUCGAGGAAAAGUAGAAGAAGCCCGUCAACUGGUAGAUUCCAUGACAAGUGAACCAGGGGUUGCUGUUUGGGUUGCACUCUUGUCAGGAAGCCUUAACCAUGGGAAGAAGUUGAUUGGAGAGUUGGCGGCAAAGAAGGUUCUUGAGUUAAAUCCUGAUGACCCGGGAAUUUAUGCUUUGGUUUCAAAUUUUUUUGCAACAGAGAGGAAGUGGAACGAAGUAGCCGAGGUCAGAAAGGUCAUGAGAAGAACUGGAAUGAAGAAAGUACCAGGAUACAGCGCAGUGGAAGUGAACAGGAACCUCCAUGCUUUUGUUAUGGAAGAUAAGAGCCACCCUCAAUAUGAAGAGAUUGCCAAAUUUCUGGAGAGGCUGGAACUUGAGAUGAGAGCUCUUGGUUAUACCCCACAGAAUGAAAUUAUGUUGCAGGAUCUUGAUGUAGAAGAAUAGAAUUGUGAAAGCAACACCAAAUAGUUGGGAAAGGCUUUGUUGAGUAGAUGUUGUAGAGGAAGUGCUAGCAAGCGUGUGUAAUCAAGGUGCAAGAAUUGCUAUUGCUUUUGGGCUCUCGAACACGGGCAGGAACCAAAUUACAAAUCACUAAGAACCUCAAUAUUUUGUGGGGACUACCAUUAAACAACUAAAUUAUAUCCAUAAUUGUGGAUAUUGAGAGUAGUGAUUGCUUCAGUUGACUCUGAUAUCUCCAGACUUGCUCUUGUGGUGACUACUGGUUAGUCAGACAUGCAAAAUUUUGCUUUUCUAUAUUGGGGAUUUCUUAGUUCAAAUGCCCAAGUCUUUAUCCCAGUGUUUACCACCUUUAAUGGAAGGAACGUCAUAACGUGUUGCUGAUAGAGCACGAGUGGUGGAAGCUGCAUCAAGAAGGAACAUCUUCUAAUCACCUGGCUAUAUCUAAUAGCAUUUGACUCAUUUGUGUCCUGACAUUCACUAAUGUCUUUGCCCUAUGACUUUGGAUCAGUUUCAUGCUUUACAAAACCUCAGCCGAGAUAAAAGGAGUUUUUUGUCAAAACCAAAUGCUUACUUGUUCCCCAUAACAACAACAGCUCAUUUUGAAAGUCUUUAGUAUAAAUUGCACAUGAAUAUGUUGAAAGAAACAGAGAGAUUUUUCAAGCCUGAAUGUGUUCUUAUAUGAUUCUCACAAACUACCAGAAUGUCCACCAGAUAGUGCUGCCAAUUUUUCCUUUUGUUUCCACUCAAGGUCCUAAUACCAUAGAGCAUCUUAUGAUCUUUUCCAGAAUCUGAUGGGUAUUGCUCUAAUGCAAUGGUCUAACGUUGAUCCUGCAUUUGAGGAACUUUUGAGUUGUCGUGUUCAAACAAGUACAGUGCAAUGCAAUGAACAUCUAGAGGAUGCAAAUUUAAAGGUUCCUUAAUCUACUACAGUAUAUAUUGUUGAUGAUCCCUGUACAGGACAAAGACUAAAUAGUUGUGACUUGUAUAAUAUCUCCACCACAGCAAGAAUAAAUAUAGAAUGGGUAACUUCGCAGACUCAGUAUCUAUUUAUUCUGGAUCCAUCUCAUUGCCAGCAGCAUUUGAUAGCGCCAAAAAAUAAUCGCUGCAAAGAUUAUUGACUGAUUUAGCAGGUUUGGAUAUCUUUUCCGAGGAAGAAUAUCAAAUUUUGAGCUUCUUCAUAAAGUCUUCUCUUCUCUAUCUCAAAGUCACGGAAUGAGCGGGUUAGGAUAUCUUCUGUUCUUGUCCUCAAAAGUCUUGGAAUGUGGCUAUGAUGUAUUAUGCGUUUUGAACUGGAAUUGUGUUACUUCCACAAAGUUGGACGGUGGUUUGGGGCUUAGGAAAUUGGUGGACAUUAAUCUUUCCUCUACCUGCGAACUUUCUUGGGAGUUCUUGAGAUCCGAGGACUGCCUUUGGGUUGCUUGGUUCAGAAGGAGAUAUUCUACCAACUACUGGGCUGCAAUGCCAUCAUCUUCUCAUUCAAUUAUUUGGAGAUCUAUGGUUGAAGUGUAUGUUAUCUUAUAGCAGAUGGUUGUGACACUAGGCUGUUCCUUGACUGUGAUGAGGACAACCGGAUUGGGAUGAUCAGGUCGGUCUGUUGGGAAUGCCGGAAGGGCCCCUUCAUCACUUUCACUUAAAGAAGCCAACUCUGUCGAGGAGUAGUUAUUUACAGCCCCUGGUGUCAAGGUCAGACGUUGUUGCAGAAGUUCUCUCCUAGAGAAUUGCAGAUUCCUAAAGAUGCAAUGGUUGCUGUUCUAUUCAGGAAUGGUCAGUGGAACUUUCCUUCACCAUCUUCACCUGCUAUUAGACAAUUCAAUAAUUUCCUUCUUUCUGUCCAGCUCAGACAGGGGACUGACUCUAUUUCUUGGAGAAGUGGUAGGUUCAGUUUUAAGGCUGCUUGGCAGGCAGUUCGAAAUCACAAACCUGAAGUUUAUUGGUAUUUCUUGUGUUGGAAUGGUUGUCGUCCAAGAGUUUCCUACAGUUGCUGUUUGAUUUCUAAUGAUAGGUUACCAUCACUGUUCAACCAAAGACUUAAGGGGAUCACUGCUGUUCGAGUUUGCCAUUUAUGUUUUGCUGAUGAAGAUUCUACAGACCAUCUCUUUGCUGCUUUAUGUUAUUGAAAUACAAUAGCAGUCAAAAUG